AGGAUGGACGCAGCACCUCUCAACCAGACAAACACCACAACAUCUACAUCGUGCACCGUGGACUCCUCAAUAGAAAAGCACAUGUAUCCAGCGGUCUAUUCUCUUUUUUUUAUUGUGGGCUUCCCGGCUAACUGCCUGUCUCUGUAUGUAGCCUGGAUGCUGAUGAGGAAUGGGAACAACAUAGCGGUCUACCUCAUCAACCUGUCUAUCUCUGACCUGCUCUACACCAUCUCUCUGCCUGUGUGGAUUGAGCUGGCCCUGCAGAGGCCUCUGGGUGGUCUCUGCAGCGUAGUGGCUGUGAUCAUGCAAAACAGCUUUUACGUCGGCUCAGGCCUCCUCUGCUGCAUCUCCGUUGAUCGCUACCUAGCAGUGGUCUACCCUCUCCACUUCCACUGGGUCCGAGAGGUGCGGACAGCAGCACUAGUGAGUCUUGCUGUUUGGAUUUUGGAGAUUUCCAUCCACAUCAUCUUGCUUGACCACACGGAGGCGCUGCAAGCUUUCUCCUCAAGAGACCUGUGUGAGGAGCGAACACCCAUGGCACAAGAAGAUGCCCACCUCGCCCUCACACGAGUCAUCCUGGGUUUCUUGAUCCCCAUCUUCAUCAUGACCUUUUGUUUCCAGCAGAUCAUGAAGUCACUCCGACAGAGCGCCUCCAUCCUGACAGAGGAGCGCAGGAAAGUAGGAGUGCUGUUGUUCCUCCUUCUUCUAACCUACAUAGUGGCCUUUUUGCCGUACCAGAUCGUCAUGCUGCUCAGGGCCACGCUGGAGCCCGGGGCCUGCAUCUGGGCCACGAGGCUCAGGGAUCCGUACCUGGUCACAGUUGCCACGACGACCAUAAACAGUGUACUGGAUCCCAUAAUAUACUGUUUAAUCAGUGAGAGCGCUCGGAGAGAGAUUAGGAAAGCUGUGGAUAAAUGUUGGGGAGUUUUUGUGAGGAGGAAAUGGCCCGAGAGCUCCAGUGGAAUUCAGUCAAUUUCCUAACAACAGAAUGAUCUUUUUUAUUAUUAUUAUUAUUUAUAACCCAUAAU